GCAGACAAGUUAAUACUUGACCAGGCGGCCGGACAUACUAUAAUUUUCUCAUGUUAAGUUAAUGGUGACAAGAUAAUCCAGAAGGGAGUACAGAACAGAAAGAGAUCGGCGGAAGGACGGGAGACGUGUCUCUGGCCUUCCGCGCAUCCCGGCCUCCGUAGCUAGAACGCGAUAAGCCGGGAGUUCCUCAGGCACAGAACAAACGCCGCCCCUGUCUCCUGGGUGUCGCGGUGGCGCCGCCCCUCCUAUAGCUUCCUCUUCAAGGCCGAUCUAAUCUGGAUUGGAGGGAGCGAAAUUAUAAAAAGCUCGCUCCUUUACGCUUUGGAUUUAUGCGAGAGAGAUGACCGGAGAUGAGAUCCGGGACCCAAUUGCAAACCCUAACCCUAACUCUAAUCCAGAUUCGAAUCCCGAAAGUAAUCGCCAGGCGGUGGAGCGGACGGCGGCGGGAGUCAAGAGGAAGAGGAAUCUUCCAGGAACCCCAGAUCCGGAGGCGGAGGUGAUCGCGCUGUCGCCGGAGGCGCUUCUAUCGUCGAGCACCUUCGUGUGCGAGGUCUGCGGGAAGGAGUUCCGGCGGGACCAGAACCUCCAGAUCCACCGGCGGGGGCACAACCUGCCGUGGAACUUCCCCCAGAAGAAGGCGGCGGCGGCGGUGGCGGCGGCGGCGGAGGGCGGGGGAAAGGAGGCGGCGCGGAAACGGGUGUACGUGUGCCCGGAGGAGACGUGCGUGUAUCACGACCCGGCUCGGGCGCUUGGGGACCUUACCGGGAUCAAGAAGCACUACAGCCGGAAGCACGGGGAGAAGAAGUGGAAGUGCGACAAGUGCUCGAAGAAAUACGCCGUCCGAACCGACUGGAAGGCUCACACUAGGAUCUGCGGCAACCGCGAAUAUGAGUGCCUCUGCGGCACCCUCUUCUCCAGGAAGGAUAGUUUUGUAGUUCACAGAGCGUCGUGCGAGGCGACGGCGGAGUCUCCGGCGGCGGCGACGGUCGAUCUUAGCUUCAGGGCGAACACCGUGAAUAACGAAUUGUUGUUUCCGAGCUUAUGGGGACAGAGCUCGUCGCAAUCUACGGGAGCGAGGGAGGAGCAGAGACAGGUGGAACAAGGACAUGAUCUGUCAUCUACGAACAAAUAGAUCCAAGGGCGUGCUAGAGUUUGAGGGAAAUCGGCAUCAUGUUGUAUCUGGAUGCAGAAUGUCUCCAGGCCUUUGUAUACUUCCACAACAUUUGUCAGCAUCUGAUGUGUCCUGAUUUUAGUUUGUACUCUUGUUGUUUGUAAUCAAAUGGCAAAAAUUGUGAUGAAUUGAACGCAGCUUAUCUCUAGCCUGCGAGCCUUAA